AUGGAUUAUUACAAGAUUUUAGAAAUUAAUCGUGAUGCUUCAGCCUCAGAAGUUGCCAAAGCAUACAAUAAGCUUUCUUUAAAAUGGCAUCCAAAGUUGAGUAAGUUGGAUCAUAAUACUACUUAUCAUCAUUUUUGCUUAAUCUCAGAAGCCUAUGAAGUAUUAUCUGAUCGUAAUGAUAUUUAAUAACCAAAUUAGCUAUUAAAAGGACAUUCUAUGAUAAGUACGGAGAAGAGAAGUUGAAAGAAGGAUUCUUUGCUAAUGGAAGUAAAUAAGUUAUUGAUUUCCUUAGACCUCAAGGGCGGUUACAGUUUUGCAGGCAAUCCUGAAGAAAUAUUUGAAAAGUUUUUUGGGACAUCGAAUCCAUUUGCUUAACUUAUAGGUAACUAUGAAUACUUAUUCAUUUAGAUACGAAUGGAUCAGAAAAUCACGGCACUCUCUUUAGUCAUGCAUUUGGAGGAUAGAAUUUCCCAGGAAUUCCAGGACCUAAAGAUCUUGAGAUCUAGGUAGAGUGUACCCUACAUGAAUUGUAUAAUGGUUGUGCAAAAACAGUCUCAUAUUAAAGAUAGGUGCUUAAUAAAGAUGGAAUCACAACUCGUUAAAUUAUGGAAACCAAGUAUUCAUUUCAAACUGACAUCUAUUAGAGAAAUUAAAAUCGAUCGUGGAAUUGAAACUGGAUAAAAGAUAGUCUACAAAGAAUUAGGCAAUGAAGCGGCUGGAUUUAAGUCAUCUGAUUUGAUUUUCUUGAUCAAAGAAACUCCUCAUCCAACUUUUAAGAGAAAAGGGAAUGACCUAUUGUAUAUUGCAAAAAUUAAUUUGGCUAAUGCAAUAGCAGCAGAUCCUAUUUAGAUAAUAACAUUGGACAAUAGAAAAUUGCAAGUGCCAGUUGAUUAAAUCAUUAGGUAUUGCAAUUUAGUAUAAUUCAUAGUCCUAAAUAUGUGAAGAUGAUUGAAAGUGAAGGAAUGCCUGUCUUUUAAUAGGAUGAAGUUAAAGUAUAUAGUUUAAUUCAUAGUAGGAUUUCGGUAAGCCAUACACAUUUGGAAAUUUGUACAUUAGAUUUGACAUCCAAUUCCCAGAAGAUCUAACAGAAAGUUAAAAAAAUAGAAUCAAAGAUAUUUUGUUAGAAGGUUAAUAAUAAUGA